GUGCAAGGACAUAGUAGGUUCUAUUGUCCUGACGUCGCCUGUGCAGGAUGGUACAGGCCAGGGUGUCCUAGCCUGCCCUCUCCCUCGACAGGACGUGGUUAGUUGGUCAGGCACUCUCUUCCCGGCAAGACCUUCCUCUCUAAUUUCUGACGGUCUACCACGCCCUGCUCACCAAAUAGAUCGACAACAUGGUCUCUGCUAAUCUGAAUGCCAGUUCUGUUCUGGUUUCAAAAAGCCACAACAUGAAUUUACCAGUCAUAGGAUUGGGAACCUUGCAGGUGAUGUAUAAGGGUGACGCCGACCAACCGACCAAGGUGGAGACCGUCAUUAGUGAACAAGCCGGGAAGCUACCUGAAGGCUACAAACUGACCGAUCUAUCGCAUGAAAAAGGAAUUUCGAGGAAGGAGGCCAUCAUCCGAGCCAUGGAAAUUGGAUACAGACAUUUGGAUACAGCUUUCGCGUAUGAGAACGAAGCGGCCAUCGGAGAUGCCAUUAAUGAAUGGAUUGAGCAGGGAAAAUUGAAAAGAGAAGACCUUUUCAUCACCACGAAGCUUCCCAACAUCGCCAUGAAAAAAGAAAAGGUAGGAGAAUAUCUUCAAAAAUCUCUAGAUAAUCUCAGACUGAAGCAGGUUGACUUGUACCUCAUCCAAAAUCCUGUGGGAUACGAAGAACUCGAGACAAAGGAGCUGUACCCUCGUGAUGAUAAAGGCGUCAUUAUACUCGACAAGACCACCAAUCUCUGUGAGGUUUGGCAGGCAAUGGUUGAUCAAGUGAAGGCUGGCAAGACCAAGGCUAUUGGUAUGUGCAACUUCAAAAUUGGACAAUUGGAGAAGGUAAUAGAAAAGACAGGAGUCUAUCCAGACAACAUUCAGGCCGAGUGCCACCUUUACUUUCAACAACAGGAGCUGCGCAAGUGGGCCCAGGCGAAUGGCGUUGUUUUCACCGCCUACGCAUGCCUUGGCUCCCCAGCUAUGAUGAAGGUCUUCCAUAACGCUAGAGGAAAUGACGAACUGAGAAUGAAGGACCCAAUGAAGGACCCCGUGGUGGAGCGCAUUGCUAUAGCUCGCCAGAAGACCACGGCACAGGUUCUACUGAGACACCUGCUGCAGUUGGGGCUUGCCGUCAUCCCGAAGAGCAGCGUUGAGAUGCACAUGUUGGAAAACAUUAAUAUUUUUGAUUUUGAUCUAACCGAGGCGGAAAUGGCUGAACUAAAUGCCCUGGAUCUUGGAGAGAGGGGAAGAAAAUUCAGCUUGGCCGGGUUCUUCCCGGGUUACGAUAAACACCCAGAAAACCCCUACCCAGCGGAGGAGAAUUAGACAAUUAGGCAGUUAGUUUAGCAGUAGCAGUUUUUAAACUAGUUUUAGCAUUUUAACUUUUACCUUCACUUGUUUUAAUUACGUGUUCAAUGUUGUAUGCGACUUUUACAUUGUUUUAAAUUAUGAAUAAUUGUUCGACGCAUGAAAUGAAGUUAUAUGAUAAAUAAAUGACAUUUUAAUAA